UGUGCCAGAAGAGGAAACCAAGCGUGCUACAAGGGGAGCUGAUGACGAAGCUGCAUUGUUGGAGAGACUGGCAAGGCGGGAGGAGAGACGCCAGAAACGUCUACAAGAAGCCCUGGAACGUCAAAAGGAAUUUGACCCCACGAUCACAGAUGGGAGCUUGUCACUGCCCAGCAGAAGAGAAGCAAACAACGUGGAAGAAAACGAGACUACGGGGAAGGAGGAAAAAGCUGAAACACGCCGAGGACGCAAUGAGACUGAGGACAUGGAAACAGUUACCAAAUCAUAUCAAAGCAACAACUGGAGGGAAGAUGGGGAAGAAGAGGGAAAAAAAGAAGAAAAAGACAAGGAGGAGGCACAGGAUGAGAAACCAAAGGAUGUCCCCGCAGAGGAAAAUCAGGUAGAUGUGACAGCAGAAAAAGCCACAGAUAAAGAAGAGGUAGUAGAAACAAAAAACAUAGCUAUAAAUGCAGAGGAACAUAAAGCAGAAAAUGAUGCAAAUGCUGUUCUGGAAGGGGAGCAAAGUCUAGCUGAUGGUGUAGACAAAGAGAAGCUUAGGGAGGAGGAAAAGGCUGAGGAAGAAAGGAAAAAAGCAGAAGAAAAAGAGAAACGUGAGGCAGAAGAAAGGGAGAGGUUAAAAGCAGAGGAAGAAAAGAAGGCAGCUGAGGAAAAACAGAAAGCAGAGGAGGAAAAGAGAGCAGCUGAGGAGAGAGAGAGGGCUAAAGCAGAAGAGAAGAGAGCAGCUGAGGAAAGGGAGAGGGCUAAGGCAGAAGAGGAGAAGAGAGCAGCUGAGGAAAGAGAGAGAGCUAAGGCAGAAGAGGAGAAGAGAGCAGCUGAGGAAAGAGCAAGGGCUAAAGCAGAAGAGGAGAAGAGGGCAGCUGAGGAAAGGGAGAGGGCUAAGGCAGAAGAGGAGAAGAGGGCAGCUGAAGAAAAGGCUAAGCUAGAAGCAGAGAAAUUAAAGGAAAAACAAAAGAUGGAAGAAAAGAAAAUAGAAGAUAAACAGGUAAAAGAGAAGAAAGUACAAGAGGAAAAACCUCAAGCAGCUUUCCUAAGAAAACAGGGGGAAGAAAAAGAGGUUAAAGUGGAAGCUAAAAAGGAAAAGCUACCAGAUGAGAAGCGCCAACCUACCUCCAAAAAAGAUCAGGUAAAAGAUGACAAGGACAAAGGAAAAGCACCCAAGGAGGAAAUGAAAAGUAUCUGGGAUCGUAAGAAGGGAGUUCCUGAACAAAAGGCACAGAAUGGAGAACGUGAACUCACUGCCCCAAAACUUAAAUCUGAGAAUGCUUUUGGCCGCUCCAGUUUGAAAAAAAAAAAGCCAGGCGCCCAGUUUGAGGCUGGAAAGCGGCUAGAGGAUCAGCGGCGUCGCCGAGGAGAGAAUGAGGAACUUGAGAAGCUGAAGGAGAAGCAGCAGGAGGCAGCAGCAGAGCUGGAUGAGCUGAAGAAAAGGCGGGAGGAGCGCCGGAAAAUCCUGGAGGAGGAGGAGCAGAAGAAGAAGCAGGAAGAGGCUGAGAGAAAAGCCAGAGAGGAGGAGGAAAAGAGAAGGAUGAAGGAAGAAAUUGAAAGGAGAAGGGCUGAAGCUGCAGAGAAACGUCAAAAGAUGCCAGAAGAUGGUGUAGCUGAAGACAAGAAACCAUUUAAAUGUUUCAGUCCUAAAGGUUCAUCUCUCAAGAUAGAGGAACGAGCAGAAUUUUUGAACAAAUCCGCUCAGAAAAGUGGUAUGAAACCAAGUCACACAACAGCAGUUGUCUCAAAGAUUGACAGUAGACUUGAGCAAUACACUAGUGCAAUUGAGGGCACAAAGGCUGCAAGACCAGCUAGGCCAGCAGCUUCUGACCUUCCUGUUCCAGCAGAAGGUGUCCGUAAUAUUAAGAGCAUGUGGGAGAAAGGGAAUGUUUUUUCAUCACCCUCUGGGACAGGAACACCAAAUAAGGAAACUGCCGGGCUAAAGGUUGGUGUCUCCAGUCGUAUCAAUGAGUGGCUAACCAAGACCCCAGAGAGCAACAAAUCACCUGCUCCAAAACCUUCUGAUUUAAAACCAGGAGAUGUAUCUGGCAAACGUAAUCUCUGGGAGAAGCAGUCAGUUGAAAAACCAGCUUCUUCUAAGGUAUCAGCUAUGGGGAAAAAAUCAGAGACUAAUGGUUUGAGACAAUUUGAGAAAGAACCAUAG